AUGGGCACAGUCUUAUGGAACAUUACUCUGGGUGUUCCUGUUCGUUUGUCCUGCAGGUUUCUGCUGACACGCUUAAAGGACUUCUGUGGAGAGUUUCUGAAGAAGAAACUGAACCUCUCCAAUUGCGUAGCAGUUCACAGCUUGGCCCACAUGUAUUCCCUGAACCAGCUGGCCCUCAAAGCACAGGAUAUGAUCAGGAGAAACUUCCACAAAGUCAUCCAAGAUGAGGAGUUCUACACUUUGCCGUUUCACCUCGUCCGGGACUGGUUCUCGGACUCAGAGAUCACGGUGGACUCUGAAGAGAUCCUCUUUGAGACUGUUUUAAAGUGGGUUCAGAAAAAUCCUGAGGAAAGAGAGAGGUACUUUGAAGAUCUCUUUAAGCUGCUGAGGUUGUCUCAGAUGAAACCCACGUACCUGACUCGCAACGUCAAAUCCGAGCGGCUGGUGUCGAGCAACGAGGCCUGUGUGAAGUUGGUGUCCGAGGCCGUGGAGAGCCAUGCCCUGCGCUCUGAGAACCUGCAGUCCGGGAACCUGCAGCAUUCCGCCUGUCCCGCCGCGCUCCUGCCGCGCUUCGGGCAGAACAUGGAUGUCAUCAUCGUCAUCGGCGGCGUGUCCGAGGGCGGUGACUACCUGAGCGAGUGCGUGGGCUACUUCAUCGAUGAGGACAGGUGGGUCAACCUGCCACACAUCCACAACCACCUGGACGGGCACGCCGUGGCCGUGACUGAGUCCUACGUGUAUGUGGCUGGCUCCAUGGAGCCGGGGUUUGCCAAGACUGUGGAAAGGUACAAUCCAAACAGAAACAUUUGGGAGCAGGUCUCGAAUCUAAUCACCAGAAAGCAUUCCUUUGGCCUGACUGAAGUGAAGGGCAACUUGUACAGUAUUGGUGGACACGGCAACUUCAGUCCAGGCUUUAAAGAUGUGGCCAUUUAUAAUCCCGAGCAGGACAAGUGGCAGAACCUGGAGUCGGCACCCAAGAUCCUGCGGGAUGUCAAAGCUGUCUCCGUGGAGGACCGGUUUGUGUACGUGGCCGCCCGCACCCCGGUCGACAGUGACAGCGAGGACGGGCUGAGGGCCGUUAUUACCAGGUAUGACACUGAAACCAGGCAGUGGCAGGACGUGGAGUCCCUGCCCCUCAUCGACAACUACUGCUCCUUCCAGAUGUCCGUUGCCAACACCAACUUCUACCACACGGCCUCGUGCUGCCCUAAGAGUUACCCCAUCGACAACGAGGAGGCCAAGGGAAAGAUCUCUGGCAGGGCCUCAGAUGAAAUCCUGGAAUCCUUGCCCCCCGAGGUCCUGAGCAUUGAAGGAGCAGCCAUUUGUUACUACAAGGACGAUGUGUUUAUCAUCGGGGGGUGGAAGAACAGCGAUGACAUUGACAAGCAGUACAGGAAGGAGGCCUAUCGCUACUGCGCCGAGCGCAAGCGCUGGAUGCUCCUGCCCCCGAUGCCACAGCCCCGCUGCAGAGCCACCGCCUGCCACGUGAGGAUCCCCUUCAGGUGCCUGCAGGGAACACAGAGGUACCCCAUGCCACAAAACCUGAUGUGGCAAAAGGAUAGAAUAAGGCAAAUGCAGGAAAGGCAGAUGCAGGAGAUCCACCGACACUCCCUGACCUUACGGCGAAUGCCACGCUCUCAGAUUGAGUGCUAGUGUCUGGAAUACCACUCCUGAUGGGCCUAGGAAGUAAACCCUUUUGUUAGGCUUGAUAUGUCUUUAUAAGACAUGAGGAUGUGGAUUGGAUUUGAUGCAUAAAACCAGCAUCUUUUGUGUACUGAAAAGUCAGAAGCUCAGAAGUUGAGGAUGGGUGGGAAUUGAGAUGCUCUGUGAAUCCAGCAGUAUUCCUUAAUGGUGCCUAGGGAGAAGCUGUAGCCUGUAUCGGGCUGUGAAAUGUCUCCGGGUGCAUUAAGCCUGUUACUUCUCUCCUCGGAUCUUUGCUUCCAAGGGUUUCUGUAGAGUUAAUCUCUAACAGUUCUCCUUUGAAAAUCAAAGAUCUCUCUCUUAAUAAUUUAGUGGUUACAUUUGUGUGUGCUCGAAAGCACCUUUUUAUUUGCACUUAUCUCUUGACAUUCCUUUGAUUCUCUCCUCAGUGACUAAACUUCACAGGAUUGGUGUUGGUGUACUUGGCUUUCCCAAGCUGGAGGCAAGUGCAAUAGUUCUGUAUGAAACAAAAGCACAAUCUUCCUUUAUGAAAUUGCUUCAGGAUGUUUCUAUGUGUAUUAAAUAUUUUGUAUCUGUGCGUUGUAGAGAGGCUGCAGUUUGUUUAUAAGUGGAUGAUUGAUAGGACACAAGACGCAGGAAGAGAGAACUUGAGGCAGUGGAUUUUAUUUCAGAUGUAUCUGCAGAUUUGAGUCUGUGUUUGACAGCUUUGUUAGAAACUGGAGUCUAACAGCAGCCUGAGACAAGGAGUGACAACCAGUGUUGAACCACCCACCCACACUGGCUGUUCAUUUCUGUCAGAGUGGAGCAGUGAGAAUGGGAUUAUUCCAUGGGAAUAGAGUGAAACCUGAGCUACACGUAGAUCCUUUCUCAAAUGUUGCACAUGUUUUAAUUCUAGUGAAAAGUGAUGGAAGAGCCCCUGCUGUUCCCAGCGUGUCUCUGACAAUCAGAACCCUUUGCCUUCCAUGUGCUGUCCCGAGGAAUUCCCAGCAGCCAUACUGCAGCUCCAUAAUGAGCCCACACGUGCUCCUCUGGCAGGGAGAGAUGGGUUUUCAAAGUCUUCAAAUAUCUGAAUUUCCCCACUUGCUGUGGGGGUGAGAUUUAAGCUCAUUUAAACACCUUUUGGCAUUCUGAGGUAAUUUUACAUCCAGCUGCCCUGGUUGACUGUGGGUUUCUUCCCACUGUACUCCCAGGGAAUAGAAUGUGGAGUAUUCCCUUUGAGCUGUCCCACUGAGCACUCCUGCCCAAUCCGAGGAGCUCCAGGAUCCCAUAGUUUACCAGCAGUUUCAGUGCAUCCUUCCUACCUCCUUUUCUCUCCAUCCUUCCCUUCUUUUGAAUGUUCCAGGUUUUCCCAGCAGUGUAACUCAGGAUCUUAGGGAAGGGAAUGGGAGGAGUAAUCUUGGUGUUCUGAAAUCUGUGUAGACAAAACCUUGUUGGAGAAUGUGUUACUGUUCUUGGUUCCUUGAUAUUUGCUGGUGGUUUUGAUGUGGGCAUCUUCACUGCAAAGAACUUGUAACCAGUUUGGGGUUUGUUUUGUUUUUAGUUGGUUUGCUUUCUGAGCUGCUCCUCUUCCUUUUCCAGUUCAUCAGGCAGCCCAGAUCGUAUCUGAAACUUGGGGUAAGUCCUUCCACCACUGUGUGUAAAGGUUUCUCUGAUGUGUAUGUUCCUUAACGCACUACUUUGCAGUUCACGGGCCACUUUGGUAUCAGUAACUUGCCUGUUCAUGAGAGAGUCUCCAGCCUUGGUUUGAAAAACCCACCAAACUUGAAAAACUCUGAACGGUUUGUCCCAGUUGACCCCUCUGUGGUAACUGUAUUGUAUUUUCUUUGCCUGUUGGGUUGUUGGGGCAGGUGAAGUUUAUGCUGCUGGCCUCAUGCAAGUGGAAAUAGGUGAGUUUAAGGUGAUGUUUGCAGGUGACUGUUCCCAAACAGCUCCUGUAGGCCUGUAAGCCAGGAGUUGAUCCAUGGAGUUUGGCCCACGGAUUCUUGCAGGUCUGGCUGGAGUAGGUUCAGAAUUGCUGCCCCUGCAGGAGGUCUGUGAUACAGUGUGGAAAUGUCUCUCAGCUCUAGUGCUCAAUCCAUCAAUGUAACAGCAGUUUGUGGGAGCUGGUUUUAAGAUACUUUCCCAGACUUUGCACCAAAGCAACUGAGAGGAGUUCAUAUCCUUCACCUGGCUGGAGGGAUUUAACAGGCAGUUGGAGGGUGGUAGUAGGUCACACCACCACAGCUCUAUCUAAGCCCUCUUGUAGUCUGUCAUGGAAUACAGACAAUUUGUAGGAAGAAACACGGAGAUGAUUAUUUCAGUUGGAAUAGCAACUAAAUAUUUAAUGCAUGGCAGCGUGCAACUAAGAGGCAAGAACAGACCUUGCAGUCUUGCUUUUUCUAAGCAAAAUUGAUAUUGCACUUUCCCAGGAGGACUUUGGGCUGACAGAAAAGCUGUGUUGUUUACUAAAAGCACUCCCCUCAGAGCCAGUGUCAGCCCAGCCCAUCCCUGGACAGGUAACCUGUGUGUGCCAGCCGCAUGCCAUGUGUGCUCUGUGUGCAUGGCACUGGGGGUCCCUGGCAGCAGCAUGGGCUACUCUAACCUUUGCUCUGCCAAUUCUGGGGUAGUUUUAAGCAUUGGUGCUUUUUGGCCUUGACUUUCAGUGGACUAACAGCAUUGAUGUGAUUUGUGACUGAUGGGUUGAACAAUCCACUGCAUCACACGAGGUGUUGGGAGAAUUGCAUUCACAGCUCGGGCUGUAAUUUAGCCCAUGAACCUGUGAAUCCAUAACAGUUCCUUGCGGCCCUUGAGUGCCAUAGCUUGCUGGGUGUUUAUCAGAUGAUCCCAUAAACAAAAGCCUGGGGGUUCUUUCUGUGUGUUUGUAGUGGCUGGGCAGCUGUCAGCAGGGUCCCGGUGUGUGUGAACAGGGAGGCUGACUGCUGGCCUCGCUGUACUGGCGGUCACCGUAGUGACUCCCAGGGGCCAUAUGUGUACAGAAUGUUUUAUAACUACCUGGAUACCCCGUUAGUAGCCUGGGGGUGUCUG